GUUAGUCUGAUCGUGGUCUACGAGGCAACAGCUAGCUCGCCGGCCAUGUCUCCCUCCCCUGAUCUCUCCCGCGUCCUCCCCCGCGUGCUCAUCGUCUCCCGCCGCACCGUCCGCAAGAACAAGUUCGUCGACUUCGUCGGCGAGUACCACCUGGACCUCAUCGUGGGCUACGGCGCGGUGCCGGUGAUCGUGCCGCGGGUGGACGGCGUGCACACCAUGCUAGACUCCUUCGAGCCCAUCCACGGCGUCCUGCUCUGCGAGGGCGAGGACAUCGACCCCUCCCUCUACGACGCUGGCGCCGACAAUGAGAAGGACGGCCUCACGCCGGACCAGCUGGAGGCCGUGCGCUGGCUUCACCCGAGCGACGCGGCCGUGGACCACGAGAAGGACUCCAUCGAGCUCCUCCUAGCACGCCGCUGCCUCGAGCGCGGCAUCCCGUUCCUCGGCAUCUGCCGCGGCUCGCAGGUGCUCAACGUCGCCUGCGGCGGCUCCCUCUACCAGGACGUCGACCAGGAGCUCCCUUCCCAUGCCUCCAACACCGCCGUGUGCCACAUGGACUACGCCGACUACGACGGGCACCGGCACCCGGUGCGAGUCCUCCCCGGCACGCCGCUGCAAGAGUGGUUCGCGGAGUCGCUCGGCGGCGAAGAGGGCGAUGAGAUGAUGGUGAACAGCUACCACCACCAGGGCGUGCGACGGCUGGCGGAGCGGUUCGUGCCGAUGGCUUUCGCCCCCGACGGGCUGGUGGAGGGGUUCUACGACCCCGACGCGUACAGCCCCGGCGAGGGCAAGUUCAUCAUGGGGCUGCAGUUCCACCCGGAGCGCAUGCGCAAGGCGGGCUCCGACGAGUUCGACUACCCCGGCUGCGCCAAGGCAUACCAGGAGUUCGUCCGCGCCGUGGUCGCGUACCAGGCUAAGCUCGCCGUGGUGAGACGUUUCCAGGACGUGGUCACGCACGGCCGGAGCGCGGUCACCGCGGCGGUGCCAAAGCUGAGCCACGACAUGGAGAAGCAACGCAAUGUGCUCGUCCGGAGCUUCUCGCUGGCCAAGAACAUGUACUUCGGCGCCGGAGAUACAAAGCCGGCAGAGGCUGAGCGGCGCGAUCUCGACGCGGGGGCCGAGUUCCUCGAGACCGCGGCGGCGGCCCUGAGCUCGCAGCAGGAGAAGCGGCUGAAGCAGAUGGGCGCGACAGUGCGGAACGCAUCGGGGUACCUCAACAGUAGGCUGAAGGUGAACGAGGAUAGGGAGGCGGCGGCGCGGGCGCUCAUGGGCAAGAUGUCCGCCGUGCAGCUCUCCAGCCUCGCCGCAUUCUACCGCAACAUGGGAGCCAUCUGCUCCGACGUGCUCGACGCCAAGCUCCAGCCAACGUCUCCGACUCUGCAGGAGUGAUGACUGAAAACCAAACGGUUUGCAGUGGCAUGGUACUGAAUUAGUCUGUGAUGGUGAUGUAGCUGGACGACAAGUGUUUGUUUGACUUUGUUACGUUGCCCGUACAAUGUGAAUGUAUCUGCCCAUU